CCUCUCCCUCUCUCUCUCUCUCUCUCUCUCCGCCCCGGGAUGGAGAACUCUGAGCCGGACCCAUCCCGCCAGCGGAACGGGGUCGUGGGCGUGCUGCUGCGCGGGGAGUUCACCGACGCGCUCAACGACGGGCUCCGGUACUCGGUGAGCUUGACGCAGAGCAGCCUGACCGUCCGGAGGAUCCGCGCAUCGCCCGGCGGCGCCACGCUGGUUUUCAACUUGACCGACUGCGUGGGGUGCCGGGCGCACGGAGGGCCGGGCAGCGCGGACGUCGGCGCCUACUUCGCCGCCUACUUCUACCCGCUCCAGAGGCGCUGGAUGAGCGCCGGGGUGGCGCGGCAGAGGGUGGAGCAGCGCUUUCGGGUGGCGCUGGUCCGCGACCCGCUCGCCAACCUCCGGGAGGCGGAGAGGUGGGCGCGCUGCAUCAGAGACGCCUCCGUGCUGCAGGCGCCCCGGAGAGACGGUGUGGUGUACACGCAGGUGCGGCGGCCCUGCCGGGUCAUGAUCCUGGUGAACCCUCAUAGUGGGCGGGGCCAGGCCCUCCAGCGCUUCAGCGCCCACGUGGAGGCCAUGCUCACCGAGGCCGCGGUCCCCUACACGCUGGUCACCACGGAGCACCAGAACCAUGCGCGGGAGCUGGCGAGGAAGGCGGACCUGUCGCAGUGGGACGCCCUGGUCAUCAUGUCGGGGGACGGGCUGCUGUUUGAGGUGAUAAACGGACUGAUGGAGCGGGAGGACUGGCAAGAGGCCAUCCGGACCCCCGUGGGUAUCCUACCGGGGGGGUCCGGCAACGCCCUGGCUGCCUCCGUCCACCACUACUCGCAGUCGCCCCCGGCGUGGAACGAGGAGCUCCUCCUCAGCUGUGGCUUCCUGCUGUGCAAAGGCCUGGUGGGCUCCAUGGACCUGGUGUCGGUCCACCUGGCCUCGCGGCAGCGCCUCUUCUCCUUCCUGUCUCUGGCCUGGGGCUUCGUGGCCGACGUGGACGCGGAGAGCGAGAAGUACCGGCACGUCGGCGCCAUCCGCUUCCUGAUGGGCACCCUGGCGCGCCUGGCCUCCCUCAGGGUCUACCGGGGCCGGUUGGCGUACCUGCCCGCCACGGAGGCGCCGAAGGAGCCCGCCCCCUCGCUCUGCUCCACCCCCCCCAACCAGAACUCCCCCGAGACCGGGACGCGGGAGGACUCGCUGCUUCCCGGCCUGGACCGGCCGGUGCCGGGCAGCUGGACCGUGGUCAGGGAGGAGGACUUCGUCUUGGUGCUCGCCAUCUACCAGUCCCACCUGGCCGAGGACCUGUGGGCGGCCCCCGGCGCCGCGGCCGACGACGGGGUGAUCCACCUGUUCUACGUGACGGCGGGGAUCUCCCGCCCGGCGCUGCUGCGCCUCUUCCUCGCCAUGGAGAAGGGCGGCCACCUGGCGUGCGGCUGCCCCCACCUGGUGUACGAGAAGAAGUGCCAAAGACCUCCGAUCAGCCUCCUGAAGGUCCUCUAUUUUUCUACACAAGCAGUGUCCUAUUUCUAUGGGUCAAAGUCAUGGAUGGUUGCUCUUGCUGCUGGCUGGUCCCGGCUUAGCGACGUGUGUGUGUGUGUGUGUGUGUGUGUGUUUGUGUGACAUCUUGAUGGCUCUGCUGUGCACUCUGCUGUCGGACCCCAUAAGCGUGACACGCGUGAAGAGAAGCACAUUUUCCCCGUCCCGCUAGGCUCCCAGAGAUACCAC